AUGACAGACCUAGUUGGUGAAUUCGUUGAAAUGAUAGACCUAGUUGGUGCAUUCGUUAAGCAUGAAUGGAGCAAAUACAACGAUAGAAAAAAAUAUAAAAAAGAAUUAUACCGACUGGUUGCUCGCUUACUCGCAAGACCCGCCCACGAUAUUAGCUUGAGGGAAGUAGAACAGUUAUUAAACGAAAUAUAUGAAUACAAUCCAGUAAAACCAGACAAAUUUUAUGGCCUUCGUAACCUCGAAAAUUUAUAUAAUCAAAAACGUAACGGAGAAAGUACCCAAGUAGAACAGUUAUUAAACGAAUACAAUCCAGAAAAACCAGACGAAUUUAAACGUAACGGAGAAAGUACCCAAGUAAAACAGUUAUUAAACGAAAUAUAUGAAUACAAUCCAGAAAAACCAGACGAAUUUAAACGUAACGGAGAAAGUACCCAAGUAGAACAGUUAUUAAACGAAUACAAUCCAGAAAAACCAGACGAAUUUAAACGUAACGGAGAAAGUACCCAAAUUGUAGGAAGCAAAGAAGUACUCAACAAUGUAAUUGUAAAGAUUGUAGGAAGCAAAGAAGUGCCUAACAAUGUAAUU